UGUAUAAUUAUAAUUAAAUCGGUUUGAAAUUUUUAUUACUCCGGUGUAUUAAUUAGUGGAAUUUUUAUUUAAACUAGAAUUGCUAUAGAGUAUAGAGUUUAGAGAGUGUCAACUCUGCGAUACGCUUAGAAAUGAAUUAUUUUAAGAAUUUGUAUAACAACUGUUACACCGUUUCUUCUUUAUUUUAAAGUUUCUGAUCGUCUAUUUCGCUAUUUUACUCGGAAAGUGAAAAGAAAGUGAGUAACUAUCAUAUAUUUGAUGAAUUUAUAUUUGAUGACGAGUGAGAGGAAUUAUUCGAUAUUGUGUAUUUUGUUCUUUUGCAAACUGUAUACAAAAAUUAUUCACUUUGUUUUUGAACGUGAAGCGUUCUGUUGAUUAUUUUGAGAAAAAAUGCAAAACUCCAAUUGAAAAUAUAAGUAAUUCUACUGGAAAAAUGAAAUAUCUAUUAGAAAAACGAAGAAUUCUUAUUUGAAAGUGAAUAAAAGGAAAUUUUUUCAACUGGCAUCAAAUGAUCAUUACAACAAAACAAUAAGAAUAUAGCAAAAGAUGAAGAGUCAGUAAACAUCAACAACGAUAACGACAACCACCACAUUAUAGUAAACAAAAAAUUAAAAAAAAAACAUAAAGGAUACACAAAAAAAUCAAAAUACCAUGAAUAUCGUGUGCAUGCCAUUAAAUUGAAAUUUCAAUCGAAAUGCAAAUAAACAUAAAUUUUAAAUUACAAAGUUAAAAAGAAAGAAACUAAAAUAUAAAGAACGCAGAAAGCAAGAGGAAAACACAAAGAAAUAAAUAUAAAAAGAAAACAAGAAAAAUGAAAAUUAGAUGGAGAAAAUCAGCGACAAACGCUAAUCAUAUAUUGAUCCAACUUUAAAAAGAAUAACAUUGAGCACAGCAACAUUGUUGUUAAUCCCAUUUAGUAACCUUCAAUUCAAAUUCCAUACACUUAAGAGGAAUUUAAUCGCGACUAUGACAAAAGGUUUUCUUAUAUUCUUUGAGUCUCUUGUGCAUUUAAUAACAUUAUAAAUUGAGGUAAAAUAUACAUUAAGAUCAUUUCCGAUAUGGAUUUGAAAUAUUUUCAAGCGAUAUCAUUAUUUCGUCGUAGAAAUUACGAAAAAUGUAUUGAAGUUUGUAAUGCAUUGUUACAAAAUUGUCCAAGUCAACAACUACAACAAGCAAUAUCUGGUGUUAAUGUUAAUAAAAAUACUAACAGUAGCCAAAAUGAUUAUAAAAAAUCACAAUUCUAUUCAAAUGCAAAUAACAAUGAUAGUAAAAAUCAAUUAUGGAUGAUUGAAGGUAUUUGGCAAUUAAAGAUGAGAGCUGUAACACAAAGAAUUUUCGUUGAUGAUUUAGAAACUAUGGAUGAUAAUAAUAUAGAAAAUGUAGAUAUCGAAUUUGAACGUAUUGCAACUGCUGCAAGACCUGGAACUUCAAUUAAAACAGCAUUUAUACAUCGACCGAAUACAAGAGGUUUAAUAUCAUCAUCAACUGCUGCAAGACCAAAAACACUUUCAUCACGUCCAAUAACUGGAAUGUCACGUCCCGGUACAUCAUCAAAUCGACCCGGUUCAGCAAUUAGUAGCCGUCCACCUACAAGAGCUGGUACUGCAAGACGUAUACGUGUAACAUCAGCUGCAGCUUAUUCAAUUGGUGAUCCUACUUCAGCACUUUUUCAAGCAUCACGUUUAAAUCCAACAAUUUAUGCUGAACGUCCUGCAAUUAUUAAACCAUUAUUUCAAUUUUUAUUUUAUCAUGAAGGUGAUCCACAAAAAGCAUUAAGUUUAUGUGAAGCUGUUGCUGAAGUUAAUAAACAAAAAAUUGAUUGGUGGUGGGAACAACAACGUGGACGUUGUUAUAUUGCACUUAAUCAUCCAAGAAAAGCUGAAAAUUUUUUAAAUAAAUCUUUGGGAAUGUUACCACAUCCUGAUACAUAUUUACUAUUAUGUAAAUUAUUUAUAAAAUUAGAUGAGCCAAUGAAAGCCUUACAAUUAAUUGAAGGAGCUAUCGAAAAAAGUCCUUAUGAUAUUUCAUUUAAAACACAACAGGCAAGAAUUUAUGAACUUUUAGACAAAAUGGAAGAUAGUAUUAAAAUUUAUAGAAAAAUAGCUGAAUUAAAUCCAAUACAUCCAGAAGCUUUAGCAUGUAUUGCUGUAAAUUAUUUUUAUGAUAAUCAACCAGAGAUGGCAUUAAUGUAUUAUAGGCGAAUUUUAUCAAUUGGUGUUCAUAGCGCUGAAUUAUACUGCAACAUUGGCCUGUGCUGCUUAUAUGGUGGUCAAAUUGAUUUAGUUUUACCAUGUUUUCAGAGAGCACUUAGUUUAGCUAAUGCACCUGAGCAAAGAGCUGAUAUUUGGUAUAAUUUAAGUUUUGUUGCAUUGACAACUGGAGAUUUUCAUUUAGCAAAACGUUGUUUACGAUUAUGCUUAAGUUCAGAUAGUUCAAAUGGUGCUGCCUUAAAUAACUUGGCAGUUUUAUCAGCACAAUUUGGUGAAUAUCAGAAGGCUAAAUCAUAUCUAAUGGCUGGUAAAAGUACAUUAAUCGAUUGUCCAGAAAUUGAAAAUAAUUUGAAAAUAAUGGAAAAAUAUUAAAAAAAAAAAAAGAAAAAUCUGAAAAACAAAAACUUUUUUUCUUUUCUUUUGCGAAAUUUAUAAUGAUUAAAAAUUAUUAGCUUUAUUGUAAUUGUAAA